ACAUGCCUGGACUUCAGUCAACCCUAGGAACCCGCCGUGUACGAACUGACUAUACUGUAGUGGCAGACCGCGCAUUGAAGAAAAUUGUAUCAACGGUGAAAAUCUCUGGAGUAAUUUUUUGAACUGUAUCACGACAAGUAAGAGAAAACCGCAACUAACGGGAAAAAUUAAGCACGAAAGAAACUGUGGCAAAAGAAUCGUUUUUUUUUUUGUGGGACAUAAAACUGAGACCAGUUUUUUUUUGGCAUACAUAAGUUGACGUGUUUAAUAUGUAAAUUAUAUCCAGUCGGAUUAUAUUUGAUAGUUAAUUACAUAAUUAGGACACGAUGGUAUAUUUUAUUAGCUUGAAUUUCAGAUUAUACAUUUUGUAUGGAAUGAAAACGAUCUCCGAGUUCUGAGUUGCGACAACCCUCUACUUGGAAUAACAUUUGAGGGUAGAACUUGUAAUUUUAUUUCAUUCUAUUAUUUCAUUUCAAUUUUUUAGACAACUUUGACAAGAAUACUCGAAAGACCAAAAUCUGAUAUUUAAUUCUUUUGUACAGUCAUUGGCUCUUUAUUACCAGGUUUCAUACCUGCGAUACACGGUCACUUCAGAUUCUAUCCUGUCAUGCAAUUUAAAUAUGUCGCAAGCAUUAUGCUUCUGUACACUGUGAUCGAAUACGUCAUGUCAAAUAAUGUGGGGGGAUAAUUGAGCUAUUUUCUAACGAUAAGUCUAAGUAAGGGGAGUCGUAGAUACAUAAAUACCUAAGGCUCUCCAAGAGCCGUGCGAAUGAAUGAAUGAAUAGAUAUAUGAAUGGUACGUAUAUAAUGCGUUUCACAAUGACGGUGUUAUUAAUACUCUCGAUUCGGUUGAACUAAAAAUAAAGUCGAAAUAUCAGUUGAGAAAUAAUCAUUAAGCUGAAUUUAAGAAAAAAACGAUUUCUCAGGCAGCUAUUAUACGAUACAAAAAUUAAGAUCUCGAGGGUUUCAGGAAGUCCUCUGAUACUCUGAACUUGAAGAAAAAUGGCUCGAUCUGCAAAAAACAAUAUCUAGACGAGUGCUGUCAACGUGAACACGAGUCCGAAAUACCGAGGAGUGGACCCGUCCGAAAAAGAUAAGAAGAAUUAGAAAAUUCGAAGGGGAACCACUGAGAAAUGGGGUACGAGGACGUGAUUCAGCUGAUGGGGGAGUUUGGCCCGUACCAACGUAGAAUUUACUUUCUUCUUUGUCUACCCGCAAUAUCGUCUGCCUUCCACUUCAUGGCCGGAGUCUUUUUGGCCGCAAGAACAGACUUCAGAUGUCUGUCGCCGAACGAGAGCAUUGAAAAUGCGACCUAUCAAUUACCCCUAAACUUUUCAAAUCCCAAUUACAUAUGGGACAAUGAAACAAAACUAUGGCCCCAAUGCCAAAUAUCGGACGAUAAUCAUGCGAGUCAGUAUUACGUAGACGAUCGUGGAAACCAAUCACUAAAAAUAAAUCCUACAAUGAAAUGUCGCUCUUUCGUUUACGAUAAAACAACGUACAGACUGACCACUACAAGCGAGUUCAAUCUCGUUUGCGACAACGCCUGGAUGAGGGCUACAGCCGACUCUCUUUUUAUGGUCGGAGUCAUGAUAGGGUCGAUCGUUUUUGGUGGAUUGUCCGAUCGGUUCGGUCGUAAGCCGAUCUACUUUCUGGCCAUAAUUGUUCACCUGACCAGUGGUAUACUCGUGGCUGUUUCUCCAGAAUUUAUUUCCUACAUGAUGUUCAGGUUGAUUGUCGCCGGAUCCGUCAGUGGACUGUUCUCGAUUGCUUACGUUACGGUGGUCGAGAUGGUUAGUCCGAAGAAGAGGCUUGGGACCGUAAUUGGUAUUUACUUAUCAUUCACGUCCGGUUACAUAAUCACCGCUUGUUUUGCCUAUUUUAUUACAAACUGGAGGAUUUUACAAAUCGCCAUCACACUUCCCAGUAUCAUAUUUCUCUCCUAUUGGUGGUUGAUCCCAGAAUCGGUACGGUGGCUACUGACCAAAGGUCGUUUAGAAGAAGCGAAAGAUUUGCUGCAAAAAGGAGCUUCCGUAAAUGGGGUGGAAUUAUCUCGCGAUAGAUUGGACAUUCUUCUCAAUGAAUUCAACGCUGCGAAUAAACCCGUUCUCGAAAAACCGGGACUUAUCGACCUCAUGAGGUAUCCAAAUCUGAGGCGAAAGAGCUUGCUGCUUUUUUUCAGCUGGUUCGUCAUCAGCGGCACAUAUUACGGGCUCUCAUGGAAUACCUCAAAUCUAGGGGGGAACGAUUACGUUAAUUUUCUCAUAUCAGCGGGCGUAGAAAUACCUGCUCACGUGUUCACGUUCUUCACCCUGAACAGAUUGGGUAGAAGAAUCGUUUUGUCUGGCUGUAUGUUGUUCUCCGGUACAUCUCUACUAUUGACCACGGUCGUUCCUACCGAUUUGCCAUGGAUGCUAGUGGUUCUGGCGAUGUUUGGAAAAUCUUCAAUCACCGCGUCGUUUGGUUCAAUCUACAUUUUCACGACCGAACAAUAUCCCACGACAAUCAGAAAUGUGGGUCUCGGAGCUUGUUCAACUUUUGCAAGAAUAGCUGGUCUCCUCGUUCCCUACAUUAAUUACUUGUCGACUAUCUGGACGCCAUUGCCACUAGUAAUUUUUGGCUCCGGUGCUUUGAUGUCUGGGCUAUUGAUCUUACUCCUUCCUGAAACAUUGAACGAAAAAUUACCGGAAACGAUAGAAGACGGUGAAUUGUUUGGAAGGAAGAGUAUACAAAUGAAAAAGACGUCCAGUGAUUGAUCAAUUAGGUAAUGACGUUUAUAGCUCAUCUAAAUCUUCAAGAAUUUAAAACGCACGGUAAUAUUCUAUCCUCAUAACUGAUCAUUAGCAAAAUACAAUGUACAUACCUAGUAACUAUUUUGAUUCUAUACCUAGCUUUAAAAUCAAGUUGAAGAGAGGUUGAAAAAUUUUGCAUAGCGCAAAGGAUUAAUUAUUAUGUAUGCCGUAUCUGUAUAAGAGAUGAGCCUAUGAUAUGCCUAUUAUAUGUAUAUUAUAUAUGAUUAGUAAAGGAAGUAUGGGCAAUAAAGAGAUUUUUUAUUUGUAAUGUA